UAGCUGAAGCACGAAUUUCUCCAGAAGGGCGGGUUUCUCGGCUCUAGUGUUAAAUCAGGCAGAAUGGGCGUGUUUGACAGCUGCUCUGUGCUCCUGGAGCUCAAAAACCUGCCUUUCACACAGAAGAAGAAGCUCAAAUCAGUGGCAACAAAGAACGGAAGCAACAUUUCUUCCACAAUCAACAAACAGUGCUCUCUGGUGGUGACCUCCAACUUGUCCAUCCUGAGCUCCAACAGGCUGCACAGCAUCCAGAAGAACCAGACAUCGGUGGUCGGCUUGGGCUAUCUGUACAAACGUGAGCGUGUUCUUCUGUCAGUGGAAGAGUGGAAGAUGGACACUUCAUCAUCUCCAGGUCUUUCUCACUGUAAGUCACAGAAGAGAGAUCGGCUAACACAUAAAGCUGAGCUUCCAAAAGGUCCGACUUUAUCAAAGGGACCAGCUGCAGAAAAAAACAAUCACAAGUUCAGAAUCUACAAGGAGUCGGUCUCUGCUCUCCCGACGUUCCCCGAUGAUUUCCAGGUGGCGAAGUACUCCGUUUUCGGACAGGAGAACGGCAGCAGGUUUUGCGUGUUGGAGCUGCAGAGCGCCAAAGGGGAGCAGGGCCGUGUGGCCAGAUACCGGAAGGACGACAUGGCGUCGAAGAAGGCAGCUGUGAUGGAUCAGCUGGUGUUCCUGUCCACCUCAGAAGAAGCUGUGGACGUUUACAAGGUCCUGAGUGAAGAACUGGAGCGCUCUGAGCUGCAGAGGAUGAGCAGCUUACCUGCUGAGGCGCCACACCUGGGCUCCGCCCCCCUGGAGCAGCUGCUGUUGGAGGAGAAGCUGAACUCCGAUGAGUUGUCCCCUGACGUGGCGACAUUUGUGGAGUUUCUGUGGACCGAAGCUCACGGUUGCCUUGGAAACAUCCUCAGAGUCCCCAUCUCCGGUCUCAGCCUGAACGAUGUGAGCAGAGCUGAAGGCCUUCUGCUUCAGGCUCAGAGGAAACUGAAGGAGGGAAACGAGGAUAAGGCGUCGUCCCUCCUGGACGAGGUUUUCUUCCUGCUGCCUCACCAGGAGCCCAGACCUCAGUCACCUACAGCCAGGUUUCUGUCUCAGAAGCUGGACCUCUGUCAGUUAAUCCGAGAUGUUUUGAAUGUGAGCGAGAUGACCAUGAACAACCCGAAGCCGUCCUCUGUGGGGAAGUACCGCGCUCUUCGCUGCGGCAUGGAGGCUGUUCCCCGGGGCAGCUCAGAGUUCCAGAACAUCGCCGCCCUGCUGGCUGACAGCCCAGUGCAGAUCCAGCAGAUCAUGCAUGUCAGCAGAGCGGUGGAGCUUCAAAGGUUUCAGAGCGAGAUCGGGAAUGUUACCCCCCUCCUCCAUGCAUCCAGCCCCAGCAACUUUGUAGGAAUCUUGUCCAGAGGUCUACUGCUUCCCCGUGCUGUAGUGGAACAAUUUGGGAUUAAGAGAACGGACGCCGGGAACCUUGGCAGCGGGAUUUACUUUGGUGAUGCUGUGAGCACCAGUCUGAGGUACGCCCACCCCAGUGAAACGGACGGAUCGCGCUUCCUGCUGGUCUGCGAUGUGGCUCUGGGGGUUUGUAAGGACCUUAAUAAAAUAGACCAGACUCUGACCGAGGCUCCUCCGGGCUACCACAGCGUUCAUGCAGUCCGACGUGCCAUCAACCCAACAUCUGAUUUUGAGGAUGAUGAGUAUGUGGUUUUCUCUCUUGACCAAGUGAAGAUGAAAUAUGUAGUUCAGUUCAGAGUGGAAGGAGACGAGCAGAAGGACUUCAGUCCGGACAUCAACCUGACUGCAGAACCCAUUGAGCCUGAGAAGAACCUAGAUCUGACUUCAGAACAUGUAGAAGAAGAUCUAGAAAACGUGAAGAACCCUCUGAAGCGCAUUAAAGCUGGUCUGUUGGACAGGUCAGGCCAGCAGCUCCCCCUGCAGGCCGUCUAUGUGAAGUGCAAACUGAUGGAUCUGCUCUCCCAGGUCAUCAUCUUUCAGAAAUACACCAAUCAGAGCUCAGUGCCCAUCGAGGCGAAGUACGUCUUCCCGCUGGACUCGGCUGCCGUGUGUGGAUUUGAAGCUUUCAUCAAUGGGAAACACGUGGUGGGAGAGGUGAAGGAGAAGGCGGCGGCUCGUGAGAAGUACAGGGAGGCGAUAGAGAAAGGCCACGGAGCGUACCUCAUGGACCAGAGCGCACCUGAUGUGUUCACCAUCAGCGUGGGCAACCUGCCGCCCGGCGCCACCGUCCUCAUUAAGGUGACCUUUGUGUCAGAGCUGGUGGUCAGAGACGGGAGGAUCCUGUUCUCCCCUGUUCUCGUGGAGAUGCCCUUUGAGAUCUCUAGUCUGACGUGCAUCACUCAUCAAGUCAAAAUUAAGAGGAUGGACCGUAAGGCGGUGGUCAGUGUUCUGCCGGGUCAGGUCAUGGGGUCAGAUGGUUUCCAGAUGUCUGUCACUCUCUCUGAGGUUCAUCUUCCCAGAAUGUGGGUGGAGAAACACCCAGACAAGGACAGCCAGGCCUGCAUGCUGGUUUUCUACCCAAGCUUUGAGUUUGACUCCAGCUCUGAAGGCAGUGAAGUUGUUCUUUUGCUGGACACGUCUGAGUCCAUGAGGGGAGAAUCAUUCCAGCUGGCCCAGAAAAUCGCCCUGCAGGUUUUAAAGAAUCUGAAGAACGACGUCAAAAUCAACAUUGUUUUGUUUGGAACAGAUUACAAAGAAGCUUUCCUGACGGCUCAGAAGCUAGACGAGGCUCAAGCUGAAGCCAAGAAGUUCAUCAAGAGCUGCUCUUCAGUAGGGGGCAGCACUGAGCUGUGGCGGCCUCUCCGGACGCUCAGCCUGCUGCUGCCGUCCGCCGGCGUUCGAAACCUGCUGCUGCUGUCGGACGGCCACAUCCAGAACGCGGCGGCCACCCUGCAGCUGCUCAGAGACAACGCCCAGCACAGCCGCCUCUUCACCUGCGGUUUCAGCUCCACAGCCAAUCGCCACAUGUUGAGAGCCCUGGCGCAGGCAGGGGGCGGGGCUUAUGAGUUUUUUGGCUCUAAAGCGAAGCACACCUGGGCUGAUAAGGUGGAGCGCCAGGUGAAGCGCAUGUCGUCUCCCGGCUGCAGCUCCAUCUCUGUGAAGUGGCAGCAGUCCAACCCCAGAGCUCCUCCAGUUCAAGCCCCGAAGCAGCUGAACGCUCUGUUCAACGACUGCCACACGCUGGUUUACGGCUUUGUGCCCCACUGCACUCAGGCGACUCUUCUUGGAGAUUUGCGUGGUCAGGAGCUUCAAACCAUGGUGUCAACAACAGAGCUGCUAAAGACCAGAGGAACGUUUCUUCAUAAGCUCACAGCGAGAGCCCUGAUCAGAGACUACGAGGAUGGAAUCCUAGAUUCUACCGAAGCUGAACACGAGGGUAAAAAAGCAGAGCUGAAGUCMUUCAUCAUCRAWCUGAGCAAAGAGUUCUCCAUACUGUCUCAGUUCACCAGCUUCGUGGCCAUCGAAGARAGGGAUUCUGGGAWGCCAGAUGAUGGCGUCACAGACAUCCCAAAGCUGAUCGCAGAGGAGGAUGUGGACUUCUUGCCAAACAUCAACUGGAGUCUUCCUGAGGACAAUGAAAAAAUGGCGGGUUAUCGAGCUUCCAGUGACACCGAAGAGAUGGAUUUACAUUACUAUGAUGAUAUUGUCCUGCCUCUUGUUCCUCCUGGGAUGGAUGUAUAUUACUUUGAUGCGGAAGGAAGAGUUAUUGUUGAGGUGGACUGUGCUGAGUGUGACGAUGAGGUUGAUCAUCCUGGGAUGAUGCCAGACAAACAGAAGCAGAAGUGGAAGAGGAUCUUCAAGCUGCAGGAGGCCGAAGGAUGCUGGAAGGUCGAUCCUGAGCUGUUGGUUCAUAUGAAUGACGAUAAGGAUGUGUUUCGUAACAUGAUCCUGAAGUGUAUAGAUGCAAAGGUCAACUUAGGCAUGCUGAGGCUGGUGACGACUCUGCUGGUUCUGCAGCUGAUGAGGGAGGAGAAGCUGGAGGAAGGAAAACUGCUGGAGAGUCUGUUUCACCUGAUGGAGCCGACCGGGUCCAGGUCUGAGCGCUGGCAUCAGGUGAAGAAGGCAGUGGACUGGGUSCGCUGGGCCGACCGGCAGUAUCCGUACGCCUGCAGSCGGCUGGAGCUCGGUUCAAGCUGGGAGCCUUCCAUUCGCCAGCUGCUGAGCCUCAUCACUGAGCAGUCUGAAGCUGAAUCAGACGACUUCAUCGCUGGAGAUUCACAGAGAAGUUGCUGCAGUUUUUUCUGAGAGUUCUAUAACCAUCAGCAUGUUUUUUUCCUUUGCUUUUUAUCUGCUUCACUUUGUUGAGAAAUCUGGUAUAAGCAUGUGAGAUCUGUCCAGGUACACGCAGAAAACGGAUUAAAAGCCAGAGAAAUAACAGUAAACCUUGUAUAAUGAUUUAACAAUGAUUAUGGUUUGUAACAGGUUAAAAUAACCAUACAUAUGCCAAUGAAGGAAUAUCUGUAAUAUGUAAUCAAAAAUAUAUGUUCUGUACCUUUAAUCAACUGAGUGUUAUAAUGCAUUGUGGAAAAUAAGGGUUAAGUAACUCGAUCGCGGCAUGUUAAUCAAUGAUUAUUAAAGAUUGAUAAUAAAUGUGUGAAGAAGAGAGAUCAUGAAGUAAAAUGUUGAUUAUGUUUUGUGAGGAGUAGGCGGGACCUUACUAUUGGGUAGUAACAGACAACUUGGUGUUGUGUGCAAAGAGCUGAGAAGAUCCUGCACUGAAUAUUUUCUUUAAAUGACACGAGGAAACAUUAAGACAGGAGAGACAGGAAAUCUUCACAUUUCAUCCCCAUAAACUAUACAAAAUUAAUCAAAUUACACUGACACAAAUAAAAUUACAAACAAAACUUUUAAAAAUCAUAUACUGUAAUUGCACUUUUUUCUUAAACUAAUGAGGAUAGAUUAAAUUUUGUUUGUUUGGGAUUCUAGUUGAGAUAACGUGAGAUCAUCCCAUUUCUUCAUGCUGGACAUUUUGGUUCAACAGUAACAAUACAUGAAAUUACCUGUAAAAUUAGUCACAUAAAGUAACAUCUAGUCCGAACACAUAGAAUCGGACUUCAGUAAGAUCAAUGGGGUUGUGUUUUUAUGUUGUUGUGCUUUGCUUUACAUAUAUAAAAAAGCAAAAAUUAUCUUUACCUAUUUGCAGUAACAGUCAAUCUAAAUUAACAUUUUUCACUAUCUUUGGCAAUAACCUUUAUUCAUAUAUCAACAAAAUAAUCCAAGGUUGUCUUUAAACCUGUGUUCCUCAUGUUGGUGAUGGGUUUUUGAGUUUUUCUUGACAAUCUGAGAAUAAAAUUGACAAAA